AUGAACACACAAAGAAAUAAUGCUGAAGGAACAUCUGGAUCUACUAGUAAAGGCGGAAGUAAAAAAGGAAGGAAAUUAAAAACUCUUACAGCUAUUAAAAAAAAGGAAUUAUGUGAAUAUAAACGUGAUAAUCCAUCCAAGUCACAUGAAACAAUUGCUGAAUUAUUUGAAAUAAGUAAAUCAACUGUGGGUGAUAUUUUGAGAACCAAAGAUAAAUGGCUUGCAGUUGAAGAAGAUUCAACAGAUGCUAAUAAAAAACGUGAUCGUGGAGGUGGAUGGCCACAGUUAGAGGAAGCAUUGUUGAUUUGGGUGAAUCUUGCCAAUGAAGCUAACUAUACAAUAACUGGUGUGAUCUUGAGUCAAAAGGCAGUGCAAUUUGCUCAAAGACUUAAUAUUUCUGAUUUCAAAUCAUCACAAGAAAUGGAAAUAUUUGAAGAACCAGAUGAAUUAGAAUAUGAAGAAAAUGAUGUUCAAACACUUAUUAAUCAAAUGAAUGUUGAGGAUAUCACAGCAAGCAACUAUAUUAAUAUCAACUCUAGAAUAGAAAUUGCCGAAAUGAUUGAUGAUGAUGAGAUAAUUUCUGCAGUACAAGAAACACCAGAAGAAGAAGAAGAAACCAUGAAUACACCAAUAUCAUAUCCAAUUGCUUUAGAUAGCAUUCAAAAUCUAUUUGACUAUUUGCAACAAAAUUCUGAUAUAAAAGUAAAUAAUUUAGUAAUAUCAGGAUUGAAAGACCUACAACAUCAAAUUAGAAGAAAACAAAAUGCAUCUCUAAAACAACCUACCUUAGAAA